AUGUUUCGAUUGUUCAUAUCAAAUGCACCUUUUAUUUAUAUUGUAUUCAUUUCAAUAUGCUAUAUCACAUUUUGUAUUGAACAAAAAAAUCGUUUAUGUUUAGGUAAUAGAACAAAUGAUACAACAGGACUUAUGGAAAUACAUUCAGUUGCUAUGUUAUCAGGUUUUCUUUUACCAAUCUUAUCAAUCUUCAGAUUAAUAAAAGGGAAACUUGUUAUUGUUAUUCCAUUUUUUGUUGAUCUUACUACUUCAUAUAUUAUUCAUCGGAUUGGGUCUUUUAUAAUUUCAUUUCUUAAUAUUUAUCUUGAAGAUACUACUUGUAGUAAAGAUAGAGAAACAUUAAAUGGAGUAAAUGGAUAUUCAUAUGCAAUAGUUUAUUUCUUUCUCAUUUUCAUUAGGCUCUUAAAUUCAAAUGAUUUAUACCCUCAAGCCACUCAAUCAAUAAUUACCCUACAACUACAAUUUCCAACAUACACCCAAAAUGCAUAUCAAAUUUUUUAUCAAAGCCUCGGUCCAUUUUCAUGUAGAUAUUCAUGUAAUUGUCAAAAUUAUAUUCGUUAUAAACAAAAAUGUAUUUAUCAUUCAACAACAUAUAUCAUAUUAAUGUUAUAUAUACUUUCUGGAACUAUAUGUAUUGGGCAUAUUCUAAUUCAUGGGUAUGCAACAGUAAAUCAAAUUUUUUAUGGAUGUCUUGUUGCUUAUUUAAUGGUGUUUUUAUUUGAUUGUAUAUUAUAUUAUUUUAGACCAAUGGUUAAAGCAAUUAUUUUAAUUUGUUUCUUUUAUUUUACUAUGUUUAUAGUUCAUGCAUUUGUCGAAGGGGUUUCUGUUCAUUACUCAUUUUAUCAUAUGAUCUGUGUUGUAGAUUUGAUAUCAUCAGUGAUUCUUCAUAUAUCAGUUUAUUCUCCUAAAACCAUGUAA